AUGGCGGAGCGCCUUCUUAGGAACCAUGACAUUCUUUGUGCAAAAAGGCCUAUGUCCCAGGUAUCUCAUGACCUUUCAUAUGGUUCUAAGGGAAUUAUUUUCACACCAUAUAGUCCUUAUUGGCAAAAUGCGAGGAAAUUAUGUGUUAUGGAGCUUUUAAGUGCUUCGAAAAUAAGGUCAUUUGCAUGGUUGAGGGAGGAGGAAUUGGGAAACCUAAUGAGUUCAUUGAAGGAUGCUUCGGCAGCUGAUCAAAGCGUAGAUAUUGGCGCUUGCGUUGGUGGUGUCUUUGAGGAAUUGAUAUAUAGAAUGUUGUAUGGAGCUCCUAAGAACGACUUGGCUCUUAGAGCUGUUGUUCUUGAGGCUUUGAGACUAUCAGGAACACUAAAUAUUGCUGACUACUUGCCUUUUCUUGCACCUUUUGAUCCUCAGGGUCUCAAAAGGCGCAUAAAAAAACUGAUGAGGAUUGUGGAUGAUGUAUUGGAGAAAAUUAUCAAUAGCCAUGAAGAUGAAGCACGAAAGGAGCACCGAACUCACCGAGAUCUGGUUGAUGUAAUAUUAUCAUUGAUGAAGAACAAUAAUACAUCAUCAUAUGGCAUUGAGAGGGAUGGUAUGAAAGCCAUUUUAAUAGAUCUAGUAGUGCCAGCAAUUGAUAGUGCUACCAAUAUAGUAAAGUGGGCACUUGCAUCUCUUCUAAAGCAUCCAGAAAAAAUGAGGAAAUUGCAAGAGGAGAUAGAAAAUGUUGUAGGAAAAAACAGAAUGGUGGAGGAGAAAGAUUUGCCAAAGUUGAAAUACAUAGACUUAGUUAUCAAAGAAAUUUUUAGGCUCUACCCAAUCAUAUUUGCUCCACAUGAAGCAAUGCAAGAUAUUACAUUUGAUGGGUAUUAUGUUCCAAAAGGCUCACAAAUCUUCUUAAAUUCAUGGACAAUUGGCAGAGAUCCAAAUAUAUGGUCAGAUAAUUGUGAAGAAUUUCAACCAGAAAGAUUUUUGGUUAAUGAUGUUGAAAUAAUUAGCGGACAAGAUUUCCGCCUUGCCCCCUUUGGAUUUGGUCGGAGGAGAUGUCCUGGUACACAGCUUGGUCUACUAAAUGUUAAGCUAAUAUUGUCUCAAUUGGUGCAUUCCUUUGAUUGGAAAAUGCCUCAUAAUAUGUCUCCCAAUGAUUUAGUCAUGCAAGAGAAGUUUGGCCUUGUCAUGUCCAUGGCCAAUAACUUGGUACUUAUUCCUAAAUAUCGCCUCACUAGUUGA